AUGACCGAGCCACCUACAAAACGCGCCCGUCGCAUCGACAGCUCGGCGAUGUGGGAUGCAAACGACAAACGGUCGCUGCUCUCUCACACACCCGAAGCAGACGCUGAUCAACCCCGUCAAUCGCGCCAUGGAAGCUCAAGACCAGAUGAUUCUCGCACAAGCACAAAGGAUGACCGCCGCUAUCGGUCUCGCUCCCGUGAUCGAUACACACGGAAAAGAGAUAGGAGUUGGUCUCACGACAGCCAUGAGCGGACGCGCGAUAGAGCUCGGGAUCGGGAUCGCGAUGGUGGGAAACGUGAGUCUUACAGGGAUGGACGGGACGCGAGAGACCGUGAUCGGAGCACGAGUAGGGAUCGAUACAGUAGUAGACAUGGCCCUGCGAAAUCCGGAAGACCUGAUCGAUCCAGAUCACCGCGCAACGGUACACGUUCUCGAGACUAUCCAGCUCGCGACUCAAAACCAGAUUACAGAGAUGGCAAACGAGACGGCAGGGCACGGCCCGACCAGCGCCACACAAACGGUGCAUCAAAACGAGACACCCACGAGGAAGACAUCGAAGACGCCGACAUGAUGAGCGACAUUGAAGAUACAGACGACAUUGAAGCCAUGAUGCGGAAAGCAGUUGGCUUCACCAGGUUCAGAAGCACAAAGAACACCAAAGUUCCGGGAAACGAUAUUUACGGUGUACGGAAAGAGAAGAAGACCGAAUACCGACAGUACAUGAACCGUGUUGGUGGAUUCAACAGACCUCUCAGUCCUGGCAGGUGA